AUGAAAUAUCUAAUGACUCCCUUGGCUCUCUCAUUUUUGUAUUUAUGCACCGUUACAUCCUCGCAUUUCUCUUCUGGUGGUUUAGAUAUGAAAGAUUUCAACAAAGAUAGAGUAAAGACACUGGUGGUUAGUCAUAAAGGUACAGGUGAUUUCAGAACCAUCCAAGCAGCCAUCGACUCCAUUCCCUCUAAUAACAACAAUUGGAUUAAGAUCUAUCUUAAACAUGGAACCUACAACGAAAAGAUAGUAAUCGAGAAGCAAAUGAUAGUAAUGCAGGGAAACGACGCAUCAAAAGUGACAAUUCAAUAUAAUGAUGCAGGACUAGCUAAUUCUAGUGGUCCGUUCAGGUUAAACUCAGAAUACUUCGUCGCUAUCAAUAUUACGUUCAAGAAUACUUAUAACAACAUAAAACAAAUAGUACCGUAUACGGAUAUAAAGGUAGCUCCGUCGGCUAUACUAAUGGCGGACAAGGCGUCGUUCUAUGGCUGUAGAUUCAUCAGUGUCCAAGACACACUUGCUGAUUUACUUGGCCGUCACUACUUCCACAAAUGUUACAUCGAAGGAGCUGUUGAUUUCAUAUGGGGAAGAGGCCAAUCUAUAUACCAAAAUUGCGUGAUAAAUGUUAAGGGAGUAACAUCAAAGAAAAUGGUGAAUAACAAAGAAAUGUUAGCAGGAUUCAUAACUGCGCAAGGGAGGGAAAGCGAGCAAGACACAAGUGGAUUUGUGUUCAAUAAAUGUGUGAUCAAAGGAACUGGUAAGGCAUUCUUGGGAAGAGCUUACCGAGGCUACUCUAGAGUUGUCUUUUAUGGAACACACAUGUCAAAUGUCGUUGUUCCUCGAGGUUGGAAUGCUUGGCAUUAUGAAGGCCAAGAGGAUAAAUUUACAUUUGUGGAGGUAAACAACACAGGACAAGGAGCAGAUAAGAAGCGGAGAGUUGGGUGGGAGAAGAAUCUCUCAGCUAAAGAAGUUGACUUUCUUUUAAAUCCUAAAACUUUCGUUGAUAAAGAUAGCUGGAUGGCAACUCUUCCUUCUUCUCUCGUCUAG